CUGCUGACAGCAGAGGGAGAACAACCGAGGUCAGACCGCCGGUUCGUCUUCCCUUAAGCAUUUUCUCUUGGUAAUAGUAUAGAGAGACAUUCGUUCAUACAUUUACCAAGAGAGAGUUGGUGCGGUUUAAUUUCGUUUUUUUCCUCGUUGUCUACUCCGCUGUCUGUCGAAGCUUGCCUUGCGCAGGCAGACGGAAAUACCUUGGAAAAUGCCUCCCGUCGAAAACGACACCGGGAAAAAUGAACUCAAGACUCGGAUACAAGAACUUAUUGACUCCAAUCAAGUGUUGGUCUUCAGUAAAAGCUACUGUCCGUAUUGUGUCAAGGUGAAAGAUUUGUUCAAAGAGCUGAAGGUCGAGUGUAAUGUGGUGGAGUUGGAUCUAAUAGAGGAAGGAACCAACUACCAGGAGAUGCUGCUUGAGAUGACUGGGCAGAAAACUGUUCCGAAUGUCUUCAUCAACAAGACACACCUUGGUGGCUGUGACAACACAUUGAAGGCACAUAAAGACGGUAGCUUGCAGCAGCUAUUAAGCGGAGACAAUGAAGCUUAUGACUACGACUUGAUCGUCAUUGGAGGAGGAUCUGGAGGUCUCGCCUGCUCAAAGGAAGCUGCUAAUUUGGGGAAGAAGGUCAUGGUACUGGACUAUGUUGUGCCCACACCAAAGGGAACCUCCUGGGGUCUAGGUGGAACAUGUGUGAAUGUGGGCUGCAUUCCCAAGAAGCUGAUGCACCAGACAGCCUUGCUCAGCACGGCAAUGCAGGAUGCACGCAAGUUUGGCUGGGAGUUUGACGAGACAGUGAAACACAACUGGGACACGAUGAAGGAGGCGGUGAACAACUACAUCGGUUCAUUGAACUGGGGCUACAGGGUGGCACUGAGAGACAAGAACGUCAACUAUGUCAAUGCCUAUGCAGAGUUCAUUGAACCACACAAAAUCAAGGCAACAAACAAACGAGGGAAGGAGACAUUUUACACAGCGGCUAAGUUCAUCUUGGCUACAGGCGAGAGGCCACGCUACUUGGGCAUCCCUGGAGACCGCGAGUACUGCAUCACCAGUGAUGACCUCUUCUCGUUGUCUUACUGUCCGGGAAAGACCCUGGUGAUUGGGGCAUCGUACGUGGCUCUGGAGUGCGGUGGUUUCCUGGCCGGCCUUGGUCUCGAUGUCACCAUCAUGGUGCGGUCCAUCCUGUUGAGGGGCUUCGACCAGGACAUGGCCAACCGUGCUGGAGACCACAUGGAGGAGCACGGUGUAAAGUUCCUCCGCAAAUAUGUCCCUGUAAAGGUGGAAGAGCUGGAAGCAGGCACUCCUGGCAAGCUGAAGGUGACAGCCAAGUCCACAGAGACCGAUGAGAUCAUCGAGGGAGAGUACAACACUGUAUUGAUAGCAGUGGGCCGAGACGCAUGCACAGACAAGAUUGGCCUGGACAAGGCAGGGGUCAAAGUCAACCCCAAGAAUGGAAAAAUUCCAGUGAAUGAUGAAGAGCAAACCAACGUGCCCCACAUCUAUGCCAUUGGAGACAUUCUGCAAGACAAGUGGGAGUUGACUCCUGUAGCCAUUCAGGCUGGCAAGCUGCUGGCACGACGCCUCUAUGCGGGCUCAAAAGUCAAGUGCGAUUAUAUCAACGUUCCCACCACUGUGUUCACCCCACUGGAGUACGGAGCCUGUGGUCUGUCAGAGGAGAGAGCCACUGAACUCUACGGGCAGGAAAACAUCGAGGUCUUCCACAGUCUGUUCUGGCCUCUGGAAUUCACUGUGCCCAACAGAGACAACAACAGAUGCUAUGCCAAGAUCAUCUGCAAUAAACUUGACAACGAUCGAGUCAUUGGUUUCCACUAUCUGGGUCCAAAUGCCGGAGAGGUGACGCAGGGAUUCGGGGCAGCCAUGAAAUGUGGGGCAACCAAGGAGCAGCUGGAUGGAACGAUUGGCAUCCACCCAACCUGUGCUGAGAUCUUUACCACCUUGGAGGUGACCAAGAGCUCCGGUGGAGACAUCACCCAGGCUGGCUGCUGAGGUUAAACCCUGCUCGUUUAGCGGGCUGCUCACAUACUAGACUCUCCUAAUACCAUCUUAGUUUCCAGUCAACCUCCAAGCUCAGCCUCACCUCCAGCUGCUCACUUUACAGGGCAGUUGUUUCUCAGGAUAGAACUAACACCGUGGCCUGAAUUGGUGAAAUAACUCAUUCAGGCUUGCUGAGAGCAAAGAGGUGACUGGCAGAAGUCAGAGCUGAGGAUGUGAGUCUGUAGCUCUGGCUGAGGUAUUCUGAUAUGAGAGCAGCCUGCUGAACAGCGGGGUUACUCUGCUGGGUUUUUUUUUUUUAUUGGCCUCCAUCAGUGUCUUUCUCAGAGGAGCACCAACACACACACUGCUGCAGAGUAUGUGUGUGCGUUUGGGCUGUUUGUGACGUCCUGACCCGUAACCUAAAAUACUGAGGUGGGUGAGGAUCGAUGUCCCUCUGCAGAAGCUCCUGAUAGUGGCCCUAAUCCUUCGUCCAACCCCCAACUUCAAACAUUUCUCAUUCAGCCCCAGUGUACAGAUGGCACACACACUGAAAUUGACAGAUUUAAAUUGGCUCACAUAACAGGUUUGAAUGGAUGCAUGGCUCUGAACUCCACUUUGUAAUGGAAAUGUGUUAUUUAAUCUGGCGUGUGUGUGUGUGUGUGUGUGUGUGUGUGUGUGUGUGUGUAAAAUGUCUCUUCUGUUUAGUCUUCUUCACUCCACACAUUCCUCAUACCAGGUGUAUACAUAUUGCUGUCAAUAUUUGUCUUUGCUGUGUGGAGGCUCCAGGAAUUUUUUUUUUUUUUUUACCCAUCAUCUCUACCAAAGCGUUCAACUAAAGAGUCUGCCGAGAGAUAAGAGCUGACAAAUGCAGAUCAUUCAAACCUUUAUGUGCUGCAACACUUGGCUUAUUGAAUUGAAUGGAAAAUACAAGCUGAAUGGUGUCUGUAAAAAAAUAAAAAUUUUAAAAAACCAUCACGUUUUUACUCAUUUAAUUUAAUGCUUGUUUGUUGCAUCUUGCUGUUUGCCUCUGCAUUAUAUGUAUGUAAAAGAUAGAUUCAUUCUUCUAGUGGACGGUAUUCUGGCUGCUGUCAGCAGGUGAUUUUGGUCAACUGUAUAAACUACUUGUUUGUUGGUGUCACCACUGUAGAUUGCUUCUUUCAAGACUGAAUAAAGGAUUAAUUAAUUCAC